CUUCCCUUUUAAGCGGAGGCGACUUCCGCUCUCUCUUUCGGCCGCCGGCGCCAUGUUCCUGCAGUGCUACGAGAACGAGCGCGGGGAGCGCGUGUACACCCUGCGGAAGGUGUCCCCGGACGGGAUCCCCACCCGCUCGGCGCAUCCCGCCCGCUUCUCCCCCGAUGAUAAAUUCUCCCGGCACCGCCUGGCGCUGAAGCGGCGAUUUGGGGUCCUGCUGACGCAGAGGAGCCGCCCCCUGCUGUGAGAGACCCCGAAAAUGCGCCCCGAGACGGAUCCGAGAGCAGCGAGAGGAGAGGAAGAAGGAGGCGAAAUAAAAAUGUGGAGUGUGGGUU